AUGUCCACCACCACCACCACCGCCAAUGCCAGCUCCAUUUCGGCCCUGAAGGCAGCCAAGAAGCAGCUACGCGCCGAGAUCGAUGCCAAGCUAGGUGAACUCAGUGGAAACGAGGUUGCCCGCCAGUCGAAACAGGUUCACCAGCAACUGUUUGCGCUGACCGAGUUUCGCCAGGCCCGUCGAGUUGGCCUCUACCUCAGCCUACCCUCCGAAGUGGACACGAUCGCCAUUGUGGAGCACUGCUUCGCCCAGGGGAAGGCUGUCUUUGUGCCCAAAUACCGACCGAAGAGCCGACUGAUGGAGUUCGUGCAGCUGCACUCCAUGGCCGACUACGAGGCGCUGCCCAUCGAGCCCAAGUGGAAGAUCAAACAGCCUGAUCCAGCGGAUGACUCGCGACCCGAGGCGCUCUCCACCGGCGGCCUGGACGUCCUCCUCGUGCCCGGCGUCGCCUUCACCACCGCCGGCCUGCGACUGGGCCACGGCAUGGGCUACUUUGACCGGUGGCAGGCACAGUGCGCCGCCACGGCCGACAUCACACAACCGGUCACCAUUGGGCUGGCACUGCGCCAGCAGAUUGUCGCCGACGUGCCCGUCUCUGAGCUCGAUGUUCGCAUUCAUAAGGUCAUCUUUCCACAGGAUGACUAA